UGCAGGUGCAGGUGAUAUCAGUCAGAGUUGAAGAUUCUCACCUUGUUGCACAAAUGUUGUGUCACACAAGCUGCCUUCUAGAAGCUCCUUUGUCUUUUGAGUGGCAGAAGAAUGGAUUGUAUAUAAAGUCUGGAUCCAAACUAGAAGUCACCUUGUCACCUGGAGACUACAUCACCUGUGCUGCACGACAACAACAACAUCAACAUAUCAGCAUCUCUCCUCCCCUGUAUGUUCUGAAAAGACCCUCAGUGUCUCUGAGUCAUGCUGGUGACAUAUUGGAGGGUCGUCCCCUGACACUGACCUGCGACAUCGACAACUUUGACAACUCCUCAGCAACAGUUGAUUACUGCUGGUCCAAGAAGAAGAAUGUGUUUUCAGAUGAUGAAGUCCUCAGUAAAGGUCGACAACUGGUCUUCAAGUCCUUCAAGUCUUCAGACUCAGCAGAGUAUUGGUGUACUGUGGAGAACCAGCUGGGGAAGAAGACAUCAGAACCCGUUCGCAUUGACGUCCAACGAAUGUCCUGGAGAACGAUAAACAUCAUCAGGCUGUUCUGUUCUGCUGUUGUGGUCGUGGGCAUCUUGAUCAUACUGACUCUGGAAUUCAGGACGACAACGUCUCCCUCAUCCACCGCAAAUCCAAAUGAGCUCGUCCAGCCUGCAGAGGUGACAUCUUGUUGGUUCUGGUGUCAUGAAUCCAGUCUCACUGUCAUCAUGUGUCCUCUUGUCAGCAGCUGGAUGAUGGCGACUAUGACGAUAUUGAUGCAGAAGACGCGCUGUGACGCCCAUCGUGACAAAGUUGUUUUAAAAUAGUCCUAUUUUCACUUCCCGUGUUGGAAUGUCUAACACUGAGAGAAAAGAAUACAAAUACUUUACUUAUGCACAGACAAAGGAACAGAGGAUAACCCUCCGAACCGCCGAGCAUGGCGUUAUAAUCGAUAAUAUAAUUGACAUUUGUGGUCUUACAGAAAUACAUGAACCCACACAUCGGCAAUACAAUUGAUGUGGUUCUGGUUCGGGGUGUUGCCACUUUUGAAGUACUUCUGUGCAUCAAAGUCAACCCUUACCUCAUAAAAUUUGAAGUUCUGACUAGUUGUCAAUAUUCUGAUAAUAACCAAUGCUUUAGCAAUCGUAGAAUUAGUGUUGCUAAAACCACAACUCACUCUGGUACUCAAUAAUGGCAGCGUUCCACAAUAAUGUGGACUCUUAUCGAUAGACUUACCAACGAUUUUAAUGUUGACUUUAAUGCCAUUGAUAACUUAGCACCGCUAAAACUGAAAAAGGCCCCUAAAAGGCACACCCCCUGGUUCACAGAAGAAACCAGAGCUCUUAAACUAUCAUGCAAAAAGCUAAAUUGCAAAUAACGUGCGACUAAACUCGAGGUUUUCCAUCAAGCAUGGAGUGAUGAAUUAACAACUUAUUAACACACGCAUACCUUAACUAAAACUAAAUAUUACUCCAAUUUGACCUGCCUAAAAAGAAAAGGUCCUAAAUAUUUGUUUAACACAGUAACAUCGCUAACUCAACAAAUGUUUAUUUUUUCCCAGUAGCUCCACCCACUCGGCUGAUGACUUUAUGAAUUUAAUGUACCAAUAAAAUUGAGUUCAUUUGGAAGUAGAUUAAGGACAAAAUGUCCCAGCUCCGACUAGGUUCUAUAAACGCAGAUACAAAUGUAUGCAACAGGGCAAAUGCUUUCCAAAAUAAUAUCUCAUCUUUUUGAAGAAGUAACGUCAGAAGAACUCUUGCGACUCGUUAAUAGGACAAAACAAACACCAUGUCGACUCGACCCACUUCCUGGGAAACACAUCAAGGAGAUGUUUGUAAAAUAAGGACCAUCAGUACUAAAUAUUAUUAACUUGGCAUUCUCCUCUGGUACUUUUCCCUUAGCAUUCAAAACAGAAGUUAUUCAUCCUUUGCUUAAAAGACUUAACCUCGAUUCUGACCUCCUGUUAAACUACCGGCCAGUGUCGCACCUCUCCUUUAUCUCUAAAAUCUUCCAAAAAAUUGUUGCAAAAACCGCUAAAUGAAUAAUUAUCGUUUAACAACCUUUGUGAACCAUUUCAGUCUGGGUGGACUACUCUUCAAUGCAUCAGUUUGUGAUGUCCCGGCAAUGUCGAUUAGUCUACAUGCCAGGUGUUGUCUUCCCAAUGACCCGGGCUCUUACAUUAUCAUAAAUGUCACAAUUAAAUGAGUGUACUCACACGGCAUCCAUUGCAGCCGGUCACCCAGGAGGGCGGCCCCCCCACAUCUGCGGUCCCUUCCCAAAGUUUCUUCUUUUUGUCAUCCCAGGCUUUUGGAGUUUUUCAGGGUUUUGGGAGUAUGGGUUCAGAUCUGGGGAUAUCAUAGUGGUUUUUGAAGCCUUUUGAGAGACUUAAGGGCAAUGACAGUAAUAAUUCAUUGGACAAACAGAGUCAAAAAACAAUGUCAUUGAAAUGAUCCAUUUUACAUUUAUUGUAAUUGGACAGAAAGUGGAUCAGGUUUCUUGACACUUAGAUGUAAAAGAGAAAUUGUUCAUUCCAAACUGCGGACUUCCUUGCUCUCCGCUAGCCGGGAACUUAGCUGCGGGAGUGGUGGGUGAGGUACAACAUUCAACCUAUCAAGAUUAAACUCAGAACCCGCAGUUCAAAUGUAAAAAAAAAAAAAAUAUCUGACUAGAAAGUAUUGUUUUGGUUAAUAUAGGUUAAAAUUAGAGUUGGUCAAUAUGGUGAAAAAAAACAUAUUAAGAUACGAUGUAUGUAUAUAAAUGAAAUCAUGUUUAAAUGUUAGAAUUGUUAGUAAGUUGACUGGGACACCGGCUGUUGGUGGUCCAGUCUGAAGCUAGCAGAGGUCCAGACCGAACUUCAGCUAGCUUCAGACAGGACCUCCUGCUGGCUUCAGACUGAACAACCUACAGCCGACGUCCCGGAUGACUUCCGCCUUGGCCUACUAUCUUCAGAUUUUGGUGCUUUGUUUCCUGUUAAUUAUUGUUCAAAUUUGUCACUUUUGGGGUUUAAAUAAAUGUUUGUAUACAGUUAAAUGUUAGAAAAAGUGUGUAAAUUGUGUGUGAAUUAUCAAAAAACUUUCAGAUCUCUUUUAUUUAAUUGAGUAGUUGAGAGCUGUCCUUCUUCAACCAAGCAAGGUCUUGGGGAAUUCCGCUGUGUACAUUGGAAUGCGACGAGAGGGGUUUUCUUUUGUCCUCAAAGACCUGCCGAAGCCGAGACCAGGAGGAGCUCGGGCCCGAGGCAUCGUCUUUCUUUUGUCUUCAAUGUGACCGACAACAGUGACUGUGUGUAUGCUCCCCAUUCCUGUUUUGACAUGUGUUGUUGCGUAAACAUUGAAUAUCUAAAUAAAAGAGGAGACGAAAACCUUUUCGUCAGAACUUGGUGCAGGAACUGUGAAAGGUGUACAGAGGCCAUGUCUCUCCUCAGAUCUGAGUCCAAAUUUAACUCUGUCUCUGUUUGAUUCUUUGCCUUUUUGUCUUGUUUAAUAGAUGUCAACAGUGUUUGAACCUGACAGUUUACAACUGCGUGCCUUGCCAUCCUCGGUUGGAAAGUCCGGUUUACAAAGGUUACAUUACCUUCACCUGAGGCGGGUGUGACAGCAUUCUCCACUUUCUUUCCUUGAAGAAGAAGAAAAAGAAACAAUUACUUAUUGUUUUAUUGAAGUUUUUUAUUCUGGUUAUGAUUAGAUGUCCAUCACAAUAUACUGUAUACAUGUGUUGUUUAAAUUGUUAUAAAUAUAUGAUCAGUAUCGUCUUUAACAGGAAAUAC